AUGUUUCUCAAGAAAGAUUGCAAGUUAGACGAAGAUGGCCAGACCUACUUGGACUCCCAUAACUACAGCUUCAAAAGCUUGCUGCACGGAUCUAAGCCAAAGCCCGUGUGGGAGCCAAGCAGCAAUACGGCACGAGCUGUUGACUGCACAGUUGCCGUGGUUGCCACCUUUGCACUUUCCACGGGUGCAUUCUUGCUGCCGCGAACACUGGCAGCCCUGUGCAUAUUGACAGCCGGAUACAUCAUCGGCAGACUGGCAUGCUCCAUGUUCAUCCUUGUACUCAGCGUAUUGGUAGGCAAGAUCCACAAGAAUCAGCACGAGAGAGCUGUCCUUUUUUGGAGCUGGUUUCCAUGCUGGAAAUUCAUGCUGUGCUGCCUGGCUUGCCUUGCUGGCGCCCUCACAGGGCAUCACCUGUGGGAGAAUUACUGGCAGCAGUACAGCGAAGUCUCGCUCCUUAAGGCAUAUCAUGGCAUAGAUCCCUCUGUGGUUCCAGGGAGCCAGAUUCAAGAUGCCGGUGCUGUGGACUUUGUGUCCACGGCUGGCGUCGACUCAGAGCAUGGUGGAUGCUUCAUGAACGCGGGUACGACGUACUGCGUUGCGCCUAUCGUCACGAACGGUACGAUUCAUCACAGCAUCGGGGGCGCGCCGCGGUAUGGUAGCUUUGACUACUUUGCAGUGGGCGUCGACUGUUGCUCGUGCCCUUGGCUGAAGCAAACUCGAGAUGGGCUCUGCAUCAGAGAUUUUCUGUGCUCCAAGGUGCCCGGACAUCAACUUCCGAUGUGGUGCAUGGAGGCAUCCCUGGGCCGAAGGCGGGAUCCGUUCCACGGAUUUGGAAGCGAGACCCUUCUUCCGACUUGCUGUGGACGGUUGGGCCAGCACAUACCGAAAGACUUCCAGUCAUCCGCUUUUCUUUGA